UGUGUGAUCAGUACUGCUUUUAUUUUUUUCUCCUUGUCAAAAUUGCUUUCAGAUUUUUUGUUCUCUUAUAGUUACUCGCAGUUCACGAAAGAGAAAGCAGAUUUGAUCAUCCCCAUACGUGUUAUCAGACAUGAAUGGCAUCUCUAUCAUUCUUCUUUUAUCCUGGUUCAUGGCGUUUGUCUGGUCCCACAUUGUUCUGGAAGAGAAACCAGAAAAAACCAACAGUGUCAGUGUUGUUCGGUUUCCUGAGAUGCUUCCACCCAUUUCCAUCGUCGAUUUAACAAAGACAUCACGAAGGGUGAGCAGAAUCGAUGCUGAGAGGAAUAAAUUGGCUAAGAGAAAAGUCUCUCCUAAAAAGAAGAAACACCCACCCCCGCCUGCAAACUGUGUUCCUCUACAAUCCAGCUGCAAGCCACCUGCACCACCUUGCUGUGAACCCUGCGCCAUAUGUCACUGCCACCUCUUCCAGACUGUCUGCUACUACAAGAUGGGCUACCCGCACUGCUGAAAUACAGCAUCCCAGAGCCGUUCACACAAAGGUGCAUUAGGAGGAGUGGUCCUUAUUGAUAAAUGUUCACCAAUAUUUUAUUACAAUCACCAGUCACUAGUAACACCAUCACACUUAAAGUAGUGUAUCUCACAUACCAACAAUAUUAUUCAUAGUAUUCAAUAUAUAUACACAGAUACAGUCAUUCCUAGAGGGAUAUUAAUAAUAAUAUUAAGGGAUAUGCAUUUAACAUGGCAUUCAAAUAUUGUUCCAAAUUGUUUUUUUUUUAGUUAAACAGAAGACAGGAAAUUCUUUCCAGAAAUUUGCCAGCAGUAAAGUGAUUAUCCUAGCUUUUAGAAGGUUAACGUCACAUAACUAUAUAUUUCUAGUAUUCAUUGGUCAGAUAUUUUGUCUACAUAUUUAAACAUAAACCUGCAUGUAAUUUUGUUGAUGUGGCAAAAGUAAAUAUCUUAGUACAGAGGCACAAAUCCAUAUCUGGCUGUAAUAGAACACAUCUUGUCCAAUAAUAUAAAUUUUGCUUGCUAAAAAACUUAAUUGAUGUGUUACAAAUGUAUUAUAAGCAAAAUCAGUUAUGUGAAU